UUCUUUAUAGAUGUCGCCAUUUUAAUAGUUUCCGUGGAAACCAUGAAAACAAACUUUUAUAGAAAAGUAAUGAUAAUUUUUUAAAACAAAUAAAACUGUCUUUUGUAUUAAUCAUGAAAGCUUCUCCAACUUGGGUUGAUAAAGUUCAAGAUAAAUCUGAACAAUGUAUAUAUGAUUUAUGUUUUAAUCCGGAUGGAACUCAAUUAGUUAUUGCUGCUGGUCAACAAGUUCUUGUUUAUGAAACUAAUGAAGGUACUUUAAUUCAACCAUUAAAAGGUCAUAAAGAUAUAGUUUAUUGUGUAUGUUAUGCAAAAGAUGGUAAAAAAUUUGCAUCAGGUAGUGCAGAUAAAAGUGUUAUUAUUUGGACAUCAAGAUUAGAGGGUAUACUUAAAUAUUCACAUAAUGAAGCUGUUCAAACUAUGCAAUUCAAUCCAGUAUCACAUCAACUUUUAAGUUGUUCUUUAUCAGAUAUAGCAUUUUGGUCUCCAGAACAAAAAGCUGUUGUAAAGCAUAAAUCAAGAGGAAGAGUAAAUUGUUGUGCUUGGACAAGAGAUGGUCAAUAUCUAGCAAUUGGUUUGGCAUCUGGCUAUGUUUCUAUAAGAAAUAAAAAUGGAGAAGAACAGACACGAAUUGAGAGACAAACUGGAACACCUAUUUGGAGUUUAUUGUGGAAUAGACAAUGGGAAGAAUCAACAGAUGUUCUCUGUAUUGCUGAAUGGAAUGGGACCAUAUCUUUUUAUUCAAUUUCAGGCAAACCAUUUGGAAAAGAUAGAUUACUUAAUUUUAUACCUCUUAAAAUGUGUAAUUUUGCAGGAGGUCAAUAUAUUUUAGUUUGUGGAAGUAAUAAACAAUGUAUACUAAUGACAUAUGAUGGAAUACAAUUAAUUAAUGUUGGUGGAAUAUUUUCCUCUUGGAUUUGGAGCUGUGCUGUACAUCCAACUUCUACACAUGUUGCUCUUGGCUGUCAAGAUGGAAUAGUAACAUAUUUGCAGUUAUCUUGGGACAUUAUUCAUGGAUUAUAUGGAGAUAGAUAUGCAUAUAGAGAAAAUAUGACUGAUGUAAUAAUACAAAAUUUAAUUACUAGUCAAAAAGUUCGUAUUAAAUGUAAAGAUUUAAUACAUCGCAUUGCUGUGUACAAGAAUAGAUUAGCAGUUCAAUUAUCAGAACGAGUAAUAAUUUAUGAACCAUUAAAUUCUAAUGAUGGAAUGCAUUAUCGCAUAUAUGAAAAAUUAAAUCAAGCAUUAAGUUGUAAUUUAUUAGUCAUAACUACAAAUAAUUUAAUUUUAUGUACAGAAAGAAGAUUGCAAAGUUUAUCUUUUAAUGGUAUAAUAGAAAGAGAAUGGAUACUUGAUGGACUUAUAACUUAUAUAAAAGUUGUUGGUGGACCAGUUGGACAAGAAUGUCUUAUUAUAGGUUUAAACACUGGAUAUAUAGUAAAAAUAUAUUUAGAUAAUCCUUUUCCAGCAUACUUACUAAAAAUUGAAAGUUCUGUAAGGUGCCUUGAUAUUAGUUCAUUAAAAGAAAAACUUGCUGUUGUUAGUGAUCAUGGAAUUCUUUAUGUAUUUGAUUUAUAUACAGAAGAAAAACUUCAAGAAUUUCAAAAUGUAAAUAGUGUGGCUUUUAAUACUUGUUUUGAAGAAAUAAUGUGUUUUUCAACUGGAGAAUAUUUAGCAAUAAAAGUAGGAAAUUUUACAGAAUAUAGACAAAAAUUUUCUGGACUUGUUAUGGGUCAUAAUAAAUCAAAAGUGUAUUGUUUAAAUGGUUGUUCUAUUGUUACUAUAGAGGUCCCAUUGUCAUUAUUUAUGUAUCAAUAUAUUGAUAUUAGUCUUUUUUCUGAUGCUUAUCAUAUAGCAUGUCUUGGAGUAGCAGAUUCUGACUGGUUUGCUCUGGGAAUUGCUGCAUUAGAAAACUUAGAAUUAAAUAUUGCAUACUCUUCUUUUGCUAGAGUUAAAAAUUUAAGAUAUAUAGAAGUUUUGUCAGAAGUAGAAGAAAAACUUAAAUCUGGAGAAUGGGGACGAGAAGCAUGUAUGGCUACUACUGCAGCUGCUAUGGGAAAGCUAAAAGAUGCUGCGAAACUUUUUCAAAAGGCUGGUUUACAACAAUAUGCAUUAACUAUGUAUUCCGAUUUACGUAUGUUUGAUAUUGCACAAGAAUUUAUUGUUAGUGGAAACAAUCAGGAUCGUACAAUUUUACUUCGUAAACGAGCAGAAUGGGCUAAAAGUCUUGGAGAACCUCGUGCUGCAGCAGAAAUGUUUCUUUCAGCAGGAGAUAUUGAUCGUGCCAUAAAUAUAAUUGCAGAAUAUGGUUGGAUUGAUAUGUUAAUUAAAGUUGGCAGACAACUUGAUAAGACAGAUAGAGAUAAUCUGACUAUAAUUGCUAAAAAAUUGAAAAGAUUAGGUGCAACACAUGGCGCAGCAGAAAUUUUUAGCCGUUUAGGAGAUGAUCCUGAUGUAGCAGAUGUUUUAGUAGAAGCUCAAGCUUGGCCAGAAGCUUUUGAAUUAGCUGAAAGAAAUCCAAAACUGAAAGCUAGAAUAUAUGGACCAUAUGCAAGAUGGUUGGCAGAAACUGGUCAUUUUUCCGAAGCACAAAAAGCAUUUCAGAUAGCUGGCCAAUCAGAUGAAUCUAUAAUGGUUUUGAUAAUGUUAGCUAAAAAUGCAGUUACUGAAAAAAGAUUUCGUGAUGCUUCUUAUUUUUAUUUAUUACUUUCUCAAAUAAGUUUAAAUCUUAACAAAACUACGGAUGAAUUACAAACAAUAUUUUUUGAAUAUUAUGAAAAAGCUGAAAUUUAUUAUGCAUAUCAUGAAGUGCAUAAAUAUGUGGAAGAACCAUUUACAUCAUUAAUGCCAGAUGCUCUUUUCAACAUUGCACGAUUUCUUCUAAUUAAAACUGAAAAUAUUCAAAUUGAAGGUGUCUCGAAAUUUAUCAUAAUAUAUACAUUAUUAAAACAAGCCAAUUUUCUUGGUGCUAAUAAAUUAAGUACGCAAUUACUCGAAAGACUACGAAAAAUAAAAAUUCCAAUAAAUCAAUUUAGUCAAUUAGAAAUUUCAAACUUAAAUGCUCGAGCUUCAUCUUAUAAAGAUCCAGAAGAACUUUUACCACUUUGCUAUAAAUGUUCAACUUUUAAUCCUCUGUUGCCAUCAAAUAAUGAAGGAAAAUGUGUGCAAUGUGGAUUAAAAUUUCAAUAUUCUUUUGUAAUGUUUGAAAUUUUACCAUUGGUUGAAUUUGAAUUAGAAGAAAGUAUAUCUGAUGAAGAAGCAGAAAAGUUAAUAAAUGAAUCAUCAUUAUCUAAUGAUAUUUCAGAUACAGAUCAAUUUUCUGUUAAUACUGAAGUAGAUCUUUUUACAGCUCGUUUAAUGAAAUAUGAGGAAAAAUCUAGUUCUACUAUAAUUGUGGGAAGAAAUGUUUUAAAAAGUAUGGACCCAUGUACAGUAUUAAUUAUUAAAUGGCCAAAACCAUUUAAAACAAAAUAUUUUAAAAAUCUUUUACCUGAUUUACAAAUCACAUUUUGUAAAUCUUGUUUAAAGCUAUUUCAUUUGGAUGAUUAUGAAUUGGCUUUAUUACGAAAUGGAUACUGUCCGUUUUGUAGAACAAUAAAUAAGAUUUCUAAUUAGUAUUUUGUAUGUAUAUAUAUAUAUAUAUAUAUAUAUAUAUAUAUAUAAAUAAUUUUAUAUUAUUUUUAUUGUAAAAAAUUAUCGUGAUUCAAUUAUUUCUUUUUCUCUUUCAUAUUUUUAUA